AUGAACGGAUGGUUUUUAGACGGAGAUGGUUGGAAAAAGCGAUGGGUGCUAUCUGAACAUCGAAACGAUUAUGGAAAAUUCAACCUUUCCUACGGUCAAUUCUUCAAUGAUCCAGAUGAGGAUCUUGGACUCACUACAACCGAGGAUAUGAAAAAUUAUGCUAUUUCGGCAAAAUUUCCAAAAUUUUCAAAUAAAGACAAAAUAUUGAUUAUUCAGUAUGCAACAAAACGAUUUACUUUACUUGAUGAUGAUUGCGGUGGCCUAUACAUAAAGAAUGAUGAAUUAUCCCAUGUCUAUACUUUGAUUUUAUAUCCGAAUAAUACCAUUAAAAUACUUGCCGAUUAUGAGGAACGAAUUGCUGGUGACUUAGAAGAUCAUUAUGAUUUUCUUAAGCCACGAAAAAUUAUGGAUCCAAAUGUGGAUAAACCAGCUGACUGGGUUGAUGAAGAAUUUAUAUCUGAUCCAAAUGACAAAAAACCAGAUGACUGGGACCAACCAGAAUUUAUAUUGAAUUUAAAUGUUACGAAACCAGACGACUGGGAUGAGGAAUGGGAUGGUGAAUGGGAACCACCAGGAAUGGUAAAUCCGGAUUUUAAGGGUGAAUGGGUUCCAAAAGAGAUUCCAAAUCCAGCAUAUAAGGGAGAAUGGAUACAUCCUGAAAUCGAUAAUCCAAAUUAUAUACCAGAUCCGAAUCUUUAUCUGUACAAUGAUAUCGGUGUAAUUGGAAUCGAGAUAUGGCAAAUGAACAGCAGCACAAUAUAUGACAAUAUUAUUAUAACCGAUUCUAUUGAAGAAGCUAAGAAAUUUGCUGCUCUUACAUUGAACGGUACAAGAAAAGGUGAGGAAAAAAUGAAAAAGGAAUUUGAUGAAAAGCUCCAGCUCGAGGAAAAUGAGAAAAAAAAGGAAAAGGGAAAGGAAAAGAAAGAGGAAGAAAAUUCAAGUGAGGAAGAGGAGAAAAAAGAAGAGACUAAUUUAAACCAAAAAGAAGAAAGAAAGAAAAGUAAGCCUGACAUUAUUCAGAGUGGAGAGUUAAAAAAUGAUGAAGAAAACGAAGUGAAAAAGGAUAAGGAAGAAAUGAAGCCGAACAGGGAUACAGAUGAAAAGAAAAAGUGGAAAGAUGAU